AUGAGUUCCGACCUGCAAGACUUCGGAGACGACGUGGCGCGAAUGCUCUCACAAGAUGCCUACUCUGUUUUCCUUGAUGCUACUGGUGUUAAAAGGGCCGAUGGUGCACGACUACCCUCCAAUUUCCCAUCCGAAGACCGGUUCAAUCGUGUUCAGCCACUUCCCCUGUGGGAAAGUGAGACGUGGGUUGCCGCUACUGUUUUUGACGGACACUCUGGAUGGCAGGCAGCCGACCAUCUCGAGAAGGAGCUUUUGAAAGUGGUGAAAAGGAAGCUGAACAAACUACAGCUUGAGCCACGCGAUGAAGAGAUUCAUAAUGAACAGCAAGACAAUAAAAAGACCCAGGAGGACUUACAAAAGGAGAAGAGGGACAAGGAGUCCCGAGACGACGAAAAGAUUCAGGAGGCCAUCAAACAGUCCUUCACAGAACUUGACGGCUCCAUCAUCAACGAUUUUAUAGCCUGCGCGCAUAACGAGAAAAUGGCUUUCAAGGACAAAGUAACAUACGCCCAGAUUGCGAAUUCUGGGUCGUGUGCCCUGCUGAUACUAUACGACCCCGUUACAAAGACCUUGUACACGGCAUGUACGGGUGACUCUAGAGCUGUUCUCGGUCAGCAGGAAUCGGACGGCAAUUGGCUGCCACAAGCACUCUCUGAGGACCAAUCACUCGACAAUGAAGCCGAGGUGGCGAGAAUUAGAGCUGCACACAAAGAGGAGCCGGACGUUGUAAAGGACGGAGCUGUUCUGGGGCUGCGAGUUGCCCGCGCCUUCGGAAACUUUCGGUGGAAGGCAUCGCAUGAUGCACAGCACAAACUCGGCCGUAUUUUUACGACGAGCAAGGGGAUGGAGGAAAAGGAGAUUCCUUCGCCGCCGUACCUGAUAGCCGAACCUGUUGUGACGGUCAGGAAACUAGGCGACAAGCCGUCCAUCGUCAUCCUGGCGACUGACGGGUUUUGGGAUUCUGUCGACAACGGCGAGGGGGUGGACCUUGUGGUGAUGUGGCUGGAGGCCCAGCUGGAGAGCAGUAUGGAGGAGAUGAAGAUGAAGUUGAGGAUGGCACCACCUACUUCGUGGUGGAGGAGCAAGACUUUGGGGCAAAUCGAAUACGCUCCUGGAUUUGAUUUUUCUAGCAGGUUCCACGAGAUCAUGGAAUGUAGAUUUGAUAUGAGGUAUAACUACACCAGGACGAUAUUGAAGGACCUGGACAAUGUCGCGGUGCAUCUGCUGCGCAAUGCCUGCGGCGGCAACCAUCGAGAGUUCUUGGAGGGUUCACUCGCCUACCAGGCACCUUUUUCGAGAAAUAUCAGAGACGACAUGACUGUUCAAGUUCUUUUGUUCUGA